AUGCCCGCAUCGCGUCUACUCGCGCCCCGCGCGCCCUCCGCUCUCGCCGACCUCACGGCAGUGAUGCGGAUUCACGACGCACCUGCCGCAGCUGCAGCCUCCUAUUUAUCUCCAGGCAGCGUGGUGCUUUUCCGUACGGCUUUGGGGGCGGAAUUGGCGAGCGCGGUGUCAGCAGCUCCUCGCGGUGCGGCUGCCACCAGCAGCGCAGCUGCCGCGCUAGGCGGCACGCUCGACUGCUCGCAGCGCGCACACGUAAACCUCCCCCACCCCACCCUCGCGCGCUCCUCGCCCCCCCUCUUCCCCCCUCUUUCCCCCUCUUUUUCCCCGCCAGUGCAGCGCGACGGCAGCGUCAUCCUGCGCUUCGCCCCUCUGCCCGACCCCCUCGCGCCCACCGCGCACGCCCUCAGCCCUGCCCCCGCAGCACCACGGGCUGAGCGGGACAGCAUUGGGGCGCCCAGGGGGGGCGGGGAGACGCCGCCAGGAGGAGGCGCGGCGGAGGUGCGGGCGGACGCGGGGGUGGUGGCGUUCGUGACGGCGUGCACAAGCGAGUUCAGCCGCGAGGUGCCCGACGCACUCAUUGAGGAGAUCGUGGGGCUGCCGCUCCGCCUCACCCCAGUGGACCACAUGGCAAAGUGGGUGGCCAUCUCAGCGCACCACACUGUCGCCGCAAUCAACCAAGUCAUCGACCUGCCAGCCUCCGCCCUCCACCACGGCUCGCUUCCCUCCCUGCUGCACGUGCUUGGGCUGAGCAAGCCUCUCCUGCCUUCCGCCCCCUCUUCCUCGCCUUCCAGUGCACCUCCUGUGGUGGCCCCAACGGCACCAUUCCAAGGUGGUCGACCCACACCUCCACCACCCGUACCAGUGUCUGCAGCAGCAGCCCUGCCAGCCCAGCAUGCCCCUCCCUCCGCAGCUGCCUCUAUUGCUGUCACCACCAUCACAGGUGUUGUGCUGGCAGGCCUGGUUCAGUUCCUGGCCUCAUUCGCAGGUCUGGUGGGACGUGUGCCGGGCGGCAGCAGUGGUGUGGGUCAGAGCAGGCUGCUGUGGAACCUUCCAGCAGCGACGGUGCUGUUGCUGGUUGCGGCAGUGAAGGUGUGGGCGGCAUGGUGGCAUCAGCACCACAGGCAGCAGGUGGGUGCAGCUGUUUAA